UCUGCUGCUGUGAUAAGUCUUCCCGAUAUGUCGAGGUAACUGUUAGUUAAGAGGACUUUAGCUUUGCCAACUGUGUAUGCGCUGUGGUGCGUGCCCGAGGAGAGGCUUUACUGGAGGUUUCUGUGGGGAGAAGGAGGGAGCCAGACAGGCGACAGUCAGCGCUGUGUUGGCCCCCGGGCAGAGGCAGAGAGCGAGCCGGCCGAGCCAAUGAGAAGAAGACAUCCACUCCCCCUUCUGCCCUGCCCGGCUUGGCUCAGCUCGGCGCGCCCUGUAAUUAGGAGCUCUGGUUGGGUUGGGCGCCGCCUCGGUGGACAGCCCGGCUGCUGUGUCAGGGGAGUUUGGGAACGCCAGCUCCAGACUUCGAGUCUAUCUCUAUCUGAACGCUCCGGGUUUAUAGAGUUAUACUAUGAACGGGCAGUCCUCACCUGUCUUCGAGGAGAAGAAACCAACCCUCCCCAUGGCUGGGAGUUCCAUCUCGGCGACCAAAGAUUCCCCGACCCUGCCGGAGUCCUCAUCCACAGACAUGGGCUUCUACAGCGGCCAGAGCGCGCUCCACGGAUCGCAGGAUUUCUACCCGGUGCAGCCGUCGUACUCGGCUCAACACACGAACCCGUACGCGUACCACCACUAUAACUUACACGGCAUGGGUUCUGGCGGCGCCUACCCUGUUGGCAAGGCAGAGUACCCCCCAUACCCGCAUUCAGCGUACCGAGAGCACGGAGCAUUCAGCCGGGAGGUGCACUCAGCGCUGCAGGACGGCGUGAAAGAGGAGCCAGACUCGGAGGUUCGGAUGGUGAACGGGAAGCCCAAGAAGGUCCGCAAGCCCCGGACCAUCUACUCCAGCUACCAGCUGGCGGUCCUGCAGAGGAGGUUCCAGUCGGCUCAGUACCUGGCCCUGCCGGAGCGGGCGGAGCUGGCGGCACAGCUGGGCCUCACUCAGACACAGGUCAAAAUUUGGUUCCAGAACCGUCGCUCCAAGUUCAAGAAGCUCUACAAGAGUGGAGAGUUUCCACUCGGGGACAUUCCUCUUGAACACAGUCCUGACGCCAGCGACUCCAUGGCCUGCAACUCUCCUCCCUCCCCAGCGGUGUGGGACAGCAACAGCAACCAUAGCAACAAGAACAACAACAACACCAGUAACAACAACAACAGCAGCAGCGACAGCAGCUUCAAGAGCAACGCAAUGCUGGAGCCCCCCAGCAGGGGGCAGGCUCCGUAUCAGCCCCCCCUUGAGUCCUCGACCGCCUGCAUGGGACAGUACACGCACCAGAACUGGUACCAGCAGCAGGUUGCACAUUUAGGUCUGCCCCAGUCGGGCCCGACGCAUCACGCCCCUCCAACAGCCCCGUCGGCCACGCCGAGUCUGGGAGCCGUCUUCUGACGCCGGGGGGGGGGGGGGGGGGGGGGGGCAUCAGACUUGAGUCAUGACUGUAAAACCUGACACUGAUGUUGUCAAACAGGCUUUUCUGCCGUAAAUGUGGAUCUGGUCUCAGGUGCCCUGCUCACAGAGCGGGAGAUCAGCAACACAUCACACUUUGGAUAUUUAAUAUUUUAAAAAUGACUGUAUUUAUGCCCCCCAAAAAACAAUUUUCUUCUUGUGAAAAGGGCCAAAUUAUUGUUCAUUUUAUGAAUUUUUUGU